GUGUGUGUGUGUGUGUGUGUGUGUGUGUGUGUGUGUGUGUGUACUGAAGCGUCAUUCUCCUCCUUUCUUCUGUUCAGUGAACGCGCAUCACUUGUGAGAAACGUAGAGCUUGGCUUGUUGAGAGACCCAGAAGUUUCUCGGCUCGGCACGGCACGGUGGUCUCGGCUCCGUUCUCCCGCGAAUUUCUUCGGUUCCUCCACUCCACCCUCCCGGUUUCAUUUUUAUCCUCACUUUUCUAUUUUUUUCCCAGACUCGAGGAUCCAGUCGGGGUGUGUGUGCGCUGCUCGACACUAGGCGUAGCUGGGAGAGGAUUUCGCUAGCUCGUUCGCUGCACUGAUUGACCGACCAGACCCUGCUGUCUCCACAACGCCUGUAGACCUGUGUCCACCUUGUGAGAUUGAAGUCAGCCCUGCCGUGCAGAGACAGACCACUACCACUCAAGGGGAGAUGAAGCCGGAUGGGGUUUCCACGGCAGCGCUGGGGCCAAUGGAAACAUUGGAAUCCAACCUAGUAAAUGAGGCAGCACCAGCCGUAGGACAGGAGCCCAACCAGGCAGCCAGUCCAGCGGAGGAGGGGAUGCCACAGCAAGCCGUAGGAGAGUCUGGUCAGCUGGAGCCCCAGCCAGACCAGACCAAGGAAACCCCCGCUGCAAAGCCCUGUAACGAGCCUUCGGGAGACUCCAAAGCCAAGACUACCAACAAGGCCACGGCCAAGACAAAGCCUGGCCCCACCAGCCCAACCAAGACCGCAUCGCGGCCCAACACGGCCCAGAGCCGCCUCUCAAACGGCACGUCUAAGCCCCAGACCAACGGAGUGGCUAAGAAGACCACGCCUGCUGCUGCGAUCAAAAAGAGCACCCAGACACCAGCUCUGUCCAAAAAACCAACAACCACGACCACAGUCCCAGCCUCCAAGAGCAAAGUGGGUGAGAAGAAAGCCACAGGGGCCACCGCCCCCCCAGCCACCAAUGGCGCAAAGUCGAUGACCGGAACAACGGCAGCCAAGAAGACCACACCCGCAACUGCUAAUGGUGUCAAAACCAGCAGCUCUGCAGCUGCUGCUAAAAAGGCCCCAGCUCCUAAGACUGCUUCUGCAACUCCCAGCAAGCCUAGCUCUGCUGCCUCGCCCAAGCCCGCAGUUUCCAAGACAACCAGGCCUCCGAUUGGCUCUGCACCAUCAUCUCGUCCUGCCACAGGCGCGAUCCGGCCGCCCACCGGCAGCGCAGCCAAGAGCUCCCCAGCUGCAGCCAAACCUGCCGCCCCUAAAAACCCCUACACCGCCUCCGUCAAGCCGGCCGCCUCCAAACUAACCUCCACUACCCCAUCUGGUGGCAAACCUCCAGCGUCACAAACAUCCAGAAACGUAACCCCUGUGAAGAAAGAUGUUACCAAACCAGCCACUUCAGCAUCCAAAAAGCCUGCAGAUUCCCCCCUUACUCGCCCUUCCACUGCAAUGAAGUCGGCAAAACCUGAGACCCCCAAAUCAGCCUCAAAAUCAGACGUUGCCUCCAAAAAGCCUGCUGCGAGUAAGGCUGCAGAUACAAAGACACCCACCCGCUCCAAAACAGACAGUAAGCCCACACCUUCCAAGACCCCUGGCUCCAAAACAGCCACCGCCAAGGCCUCCACCCCCAAGAAAACUGUGGGCAGCAGCACCCCAACUCCAGUGAAACGUGGCCCCAAAGCUGAAAAUGUUGCAGAAGCAGGAAAGGAAAUGGCUGCUGCUGUAGCUACCGCUGCGGCCAUCGCUACUGCAGCAGCUACCAUCGCCGGGCCAGAGGUACCAGAACCAGAACCAGAAGCUGUGGGGAAAUCUGCUGCUGCAGAUGAUUCACCAGAACUGAUCUCCAGCCAGACAGAAGCAGUCCAAGAGAAAACUUCAGACCCCACACCAGAACCAGUGUUAGAACUGACACCAGAGCCUGUUAGGGAACUGACACCAGAGCCUGUUAGGGAACCGACACCAGAGCCUGUUCGGGAACCGACACCAGAGCCUGUUAGGGAGUCGACACCAGAGCCUGUUAGGGAGCCGACACCAGAGCCUGUUCGGGAACGAACUCCCGAACCUGUUCGGGAACCGAGUCCAGACCAACUACGAGAAACCUCUCCCGAGCCUCUCCCAGAGCCGCUGUCUCAGUCAUCGGCGGAUCCAGAUCUCGGAGCUGAACCGGUGUAUGAAGACGAGUCCAGCGCUCCGCUGUCGGCUCAGCUGGACCUCUUCACGUUCCAGGACUCUGCCAGGGACUCCCUGGGAACUACGGUCAUGUCUCCUCCUUGCUCUCCACAGGGCCCAGUUUCCCCCGUCGGAGACAUGAACCUGUCUGACUUUGCUCCCCAGAGCCUCGUCAACGCGAUAAACUUCGACACCGAAGAGGAAACGGAGAAGAAAAACCAGUUUGAGGCUCAGAAGACCAGGGAGGAGGAAGAGGAGGACGAAGAAGAAGAAGAAGAAGAAGAAGAGAAGGAUAACUUGUGUAUGCCUGCCUCCACAGCUCCAUCUGCAGAGGCCUACAACAUGAUGGCACAUCCUCACGAUUUCCCCCAGAGGGACCUGAUGUCUCCGCACGAAAAGGAAAAGGAGGAGGCCGUGGAGAAGGCUGACGAAGAGAUAAACGAGGACCACGAUGACGAGGCCUAUGACGAGGACUACGAAGACGAGGAGCAGAGGAGGCUAGGUCACCAGCCGCUGUCCUUCGCCACCGACAUGAGCACGUCUCAGCCCUCCGAGGAGCUCCAGGCCAGGGCCUUCGGCGGCUCGGCAGGUUGGCAUGGCGACGAACAGCUGUCCGGCAUGGACUCGGAGGACGUGAGCAGCUGCGGCAGCAGCAGCCGGCAGCACGGUGUGUCGGACCUGAGCAGCACGCAGCACACGGCGCUGCUGGAGGGCACCCAGAGCUCAGACGCCCUCGUGGGAGACGCCAACGUCAUGGGCUCGCCCAACGUGGAAACGCUCGCCAACGAGGAAGAGGAAGACGAAGACGAAGAGGACGAGCGGGUGGACGAUAUGGACCUGAGCUCAGAGAGAGUGGAGGAGCAUCAUAAGGUGUUCCAGCAGCGCGAGCGAUAUGAAGACGACGAAGACGAAGACGUGGAGAUGCACAGCGAAGGAGUGACCGAGAGCGCCGGGAACGUAGACGACGACGACGACUUCAAUGAGGAGGAGCGUCUAGACAACCUAAACCGGGCCGGUCCUCAGCCCUGCGGCCCCCAUGCCUCCACCACCACCUCCUCCUCCUCCUGGGGCCUCCAGACCAACCCCUUCUGUGACCCCUGGGCUCAGCCGGCCUCGCUGCUCGCCGCCGAGGCCUCCUCCCCGAGCCCGCUCUCUGACCACGGUGCGGCCGAGUCCGAGACGCCCAUCCUGUCUCCGGCCCUGGCGCGCUUGGACUCCGGCGAGCCUUCCUUCGCUCCUCCGUCAGAGCGCGAGUCGGCACAUGACGAGCCCUACGGGGAGCCUGACGAGGCUCGCGUGCUGUUCGCCGCCGGCCCCGCCGCCGGCGCGCCCGGUGGCUCCACCGUGGCUCCGGGCGCGCGCCACAGCGGCAGCGAGACGAGCACGCCGGAGGAGCUCCGCGACUACGACAGCAGCUCCGGCGUGGAGUCCCGCUCCGACAAACAGCAGACCCCGGUGCCGGCCUCGGCGCGGCCCGACGUGGAGCAGGACCUGGGGAUCCACCUGGAGAAGGGAGACGGGGAGGAGGAGGAGGCCGAGACGCUGCCGGCCGACGAGGUCCCGGGAACCGGACCCCCGACCGCGCCGGCCUCCGCGCCCACCUCCGCGUCGACCUCGGGCGACGAGGCCAGCGACACCGAGGGAGAGAUGCAGAUAAACGAGCCCGACGCGGCGACGAGGGACGACUGCGCCGGCUUCGACAGCCCCACGAAAACCCCCGCCCGCAGUCUGCCGGCCCUCGAGGAAGACGAGGAGGGCGCCGGGUACGCGCCCGCCGGGUACGCCGAGGAAGACGGAGGCGGCACCACGCCGCAGUCGGCCAACUCGGUGGCGUCGUACGGCUUCGACUGCACCACGUCCAACUCCAACGCUCACUCCGUGGCCGAGAGCUGCGGGAAAAGCCCCGGGAUCUUCUCGCUGGAGAACGAAGAGCAGCUGCCCGACGAGGCCAAGGACCCCUCCCUCAUCAAGGAGCUCACGCUGCCGGCCGAGGCCAAGGACCCCUCCCUCGUCAAGGAGCUCACGCUGCCGGCCGAGGCCAAGGACCCCUCCCUCAUCAAGGAUCUGACCGAGGCCCAGGACCAGUCCCUGAUCGAGGAUCUGACGCUGGCCGCCCAGGCCGACGACAACCCGCUAGGCAGACCGGUGGACCUGAUGCCUCUGGGACGUCCCGGAGACAUCAAACCGAGCAGUCUAGACGAGCACCACUACAUGUUCGGGGGAAAGAUGGAGGCAGCAGACCACGUAGAGGACGACGAACAGUUGGAGCCCAGUCAGCGUCUCGUUGGCGUGGAAUCUGGAGACCCCGGCGACAGCCAGCCGCCCUACUACUCCACCUCCACCAUAUGUGAUAAGACUGAUAGUUUUCUGGCAGGUAAUGUAUAAGUCCCCUCCUAUUACCCUCUCUGGAAUGCACCUUUACCCCGCAACCUUCCUCCCUCUUCUGUUACCUGUUGUCUGUUUUCUCUCCAGUUGGGUUAGAUGGCUUAGAAGAAGAAAUAGGGGAGGGGGAAAAGAGGAGAGCAAGAUUGUAGAAAAAAUAUGGAGAUGGGGUCCGGGAAAAAAAAUGAAAUAUGACUGUAGCAAUUUUUAAAUGAAGCCUCUCUCUUUCAUACUGUUACCUGUCAUGGUUAUGAGUGUAUGGCUUAAACUCCUUUUAUGUACAAUAGCUACUACCGAUUUCUAGUAGAAUGCUCUUUUUAAGUAACACUGCAUAUUUCUGUAGCCCCUUGAAUUUGGGGUAUUGACAUUGACUGAUUGGUCGAACUGUGACUGAGCUUAUAAACCGACAAAAAAACAACAACAAAAAAAAGAGGACAACACACACACACACACACACACACACAGAUGGAAUGAAAUGGACUCAAUGUGUAUUUAUCCUACUGUUUUUACCGAACAAAUGUCUGAACAGAAGAUUGUUUUGGUUUUGUAUUUGCUUACUUGUGUUUUUUUGAUUUUGAUUUUUCUGUUGAAACCUGGUCCUCCCUACCGUGUGUACACUUCAUGUUCAACAGCACCUUAGCAGUAGUCACAUGCUCCUUUUUUUUUUUUAGCUCUCAAAAUAAGAACUAGAUAUGAAUUAACACGGCAGAUUUGUUGAGGUAGGUGUGGGAGUGUUAGAUUGCAGUUGGUGACGUUUCUUAAUGUGUGCUUCAAGAGGCUCCGAGCUCUCCGCAUAUACAGUAGGUCGUUAUAACGUAUAUAACGUGCAGUCGCGUACAGUAUGUGUUUCAGGCAUUUGGAUUUUUAAGUGGCUUAAGCUUCAAGCCUCAGUUAGCUGAUCAUUUGUGUUCCAGAAAAGACGUAACAACUAGCCUUUUUAUUGUGAUGAGACCCUGCAUUGUCCUACAGCGCUAUCACAGUUGAGCUUUACACUCGCUUAAAUCGUUUUCAUAGUGAGCGAUUGGCUUACUAUUUCAACAGUAUAUUGCAUGUUUAACUAACAUAAAGACUGUGUACUACCUUGAAUUUGAAACAAUUCUACACUACACAUGUUCAUCAAUGAAUGGUUCACGCUAGGUUAUCUUUCAAAAUUCCAUUAAAACAUCAUUGCAAGGCA